ACUAUUGGCGAUCUCUCACACAAUGCAAUGCAGUUUCUCAUAAUUUGGCCCUUUGGUACAGAUUACAGAGUAGUGGAGACAAUUAUGCUGAAGCUCCCAGCUUUCAAUUCCAAUGAAUCACAACAACUUCUUCCUUACAAUCUCCAUUUCUCUCUCCUCCAAACCUCCAAAACGCAGCAUGAGGUCGCCCAACUCCACUCUCUCUCCAUCAAAACCAACGCCUUCCAUCACCCUUACAUUUCUUCUCGACUCUUGGCGUUGUACACUGACCCCAAAAUCAACAACCUCGACUACGCCCGAUCACUUUUCGACCGAAUUGAAGAACCCACUUUGUUUUCUUGGAACACCAUGAUCAAAUGCUAUGUUGAAAACCACCGUUCACACGAAGCACUUGUUCUCUUCAACGAAUUGCUUUCUGGGUCGGCGUUUAUGCCCGAUGAUUUCACGUUGCCUUGUGUAAUUAAGGGUUGUGCUCGAUUAGGUGCCGCUGAGGAAGGGAAACAGAUUCAUGGGUUGGUGUUGAAAAUUGGGUUUGGAUUGGACAUGUACGUGCAGAGUAGUUUGGUUAGCAUGUACUCUAAAUGUGGUGAAAUUGAUUUGGCUCAGAAGGUGUUUGAUAAAAUGGAGGAGAGAGAUUUAGUUUCUUGGAAUUCUUUGAUGGAUGGGUAUGCAAGAUGUGGGGGAAUUGAAAUUGCAUUGGAGUUGUUCGAUGAAAUGCCCGAAAGAGACGCUGUUUCGUGGACUGUAUUGGUUGAUGGGUUCUCGAAAAGUGGCAAGGUAGAUGAAGCAAGAAAGGUAUUUAAUCGAAUGCCAAGUAGGAAUUUGGUAUCUUGGAAUGCCAUGAUUAAUGGGUAUAUGAAAUCUGGGGAUUUUAAUUCAGCCCGUCGUUUGUUUGAUCAAAUGGAGUUCAGAAAUGUAAUUACAUGGAAUUCAAUGAUAGCAGGGUAUGAACUGAAUGGACAGUUUACAGAAGCUUUGAAGUUGUUUCAGAUGAUGUUGAAUAUCGGUCCUGUGCCUACUCAUGCUACCUUAGUGAGUGCUAUUUCUGCAAUUUCUGGUUUAGCACUUCUUAGUAAAGGAAGAUGGUUACAUUCUUACUUGGUUCAGAAUAGAUUUGAAUUAGAUGGUGUGCUAGGUACUUCACUCAUAGAGAUGUAUUCAAAGUGUGGGAGCAUUGAGAGUGCUUUAUCAGUUUUUCAAGCAAUACCCAAGAAGAAGUUAGGGCACUGGACUGCUAUAAUUGUAGGACUAGGAAUUCAUGGGAUGGCCAGCCAUGCUUUGGAACUAUUUCUCGAAAUGCGCAGAGCUAGGGUUAGACCUCAUGCUAUAACCUUCAUUGGAGUGUUAAAUGCUUGUAAUCAUGCAGGAUUGGUUGAUGAUGGUCAACGAUAUUUUGAUAUGAUGACAAAUGAAUAUGGAAUAGAACCCACAGUCAAACACUAUGGUUGCUUGGUUGACAUUCUAUGCCGAGCUGGGCAUCUUGAAGAGGCAAAGAAUGUAAUAGAAAUGAUGCCUAUGAAACAAAAUGAAGUAAUUUGGAUGAGUUUAUUGAGUGGUGCUAGGAACCAUAGAAACAUAGAAAUCGGUGAAUAUGCAGCCCUACGUGUCAUUGAGAUGGCUCCAGAGGCCAUUGGAUGUUAUGUUCUUUUGUCUAAUAUGUAUGCUGUGGCUGGUCAGUGGGACAAAGUUUCACAGGUAAGAGAAACGAUGAAGAAGAAAGGACUCAAGAAAGAUCCAGGAUAUGAACUUACAUUCACUUUCUCAGAU